CUAUGGUUUCCCUCCUCCCUUUUCUUUCUGUUCCUUCACGGAGACGGGAAAUGGCAGCCGAACGGUAGAGACGAACGGGAGGCGUCGGCCGAAGCGGGAUUUGAUAUUCGAGUGCGUACUAAGAAUUGUAAAUUUCUUCCUUACUGAUUUACAGGAUUGCCAGGUUAAACCAGUAGCGGAAAAUGGGUCGCUCUAACACUAGAUCACAUUCUUCAAGAUCAAAGUCCAGAUCACAGUCCAGUUCAAGGUCAAGGUCAAGAUCACACUCUAGAAAAAAGAGAUACAGUUCUAGGUCUCGGUCUAGGACAUAUUCACGAUCUCGCAGUAGAGAUCGUGUUUAUAAUAGAGAUUAUCGCAGAGAUUACAGAAAUAAUAGAGGAAUGAGACGCCCCUAUGGUUACAGAGGAAGAGGUAGAGGAUAUUAUCCAGGAGGUGGAGGUAGAUAUCAUCGUGGAGGUUACAGACCUGUCUGGAAUAGAAGGCAUUCCCGAAGUCCUAGACGGGGCCGUUCACGUUCUAGAAGUCCAAAGCGAAGAUCAGUCUCUUCCCAGAGGUCUCGCAGCAGAUCUCGCCGAUCAUAUAGAUCUUCCAGAUCUCCAAGAUCCUCUUCGUCUCGGUCAUCAUCUCCAUACAGCAAAUCACCCGUCUCUUCCAAAAGACGUGGAUCAUCAGAAAAGCAAGCAAAGAAAACUGAGGGAGCUGCUUUGCAAGACAGCCCAUUAAAAAAUAAAUCACAAGAGGAAGAUAAAGGUGCAUUUGAACAUGACCCAUCUGAGCCUUUAGAUGACUUCAGUAAAUCAGCAGCUUCAGGUGAUAUUUGGCCUGGACUUUCAGCAUAUGAUAACAGUCCACGGUCUCUCCAUAGUCAUUCUGUUGCUUCCCCACCAAGUCAGAGUUCUUCAUGCUCUGAUGCUCAGUUACUUAGCACUGCUCACUCGGGAAAAGACACACCUCAACACUCACAUUCCAUUCAGCAUAGCCCUGAGAGGUCUGGGUCUGGUUCCCUGGGAAAUGGUUCUAGUCGCUACAGCCCUUCCCAGAACAGCCCACUACAUCACAUUCCUGCAAGAAGAAGUCCUGCAAAAGCAGUCGCAUCACAGAAUGCCCCACGUGAGGAGACUCGCAUGCGCUCUUUUUAUCCAGAGGCUGGGGAACAGGAAAGUGCAAAGGGUGGAAAAUUCAUGAAAAGGUACACAGAUGAAGAAUCUAGAGUGUACCUGCUUGAUAGAGGUAAUACUAGGGAGAAAGAUACCCCAAAGGAGAGAGGAUCAGAAAAGGGCAGGACAGAGGGAGAAAGAGAAUGGGAGGAUCAGGAAGCAUUGGAAUACUAUAUGGAUAAAGAGUCUGGGAAACAAAAAUUUAAUGAUUCUGAAGGGGAGGACACGGAGGAGACAGAAGAUUAUAGACAGUUCAGAAAGUCUGUUCUGGCAGAUCAGGGUAAGAGCUUUGCUGCAUCUCACCGGAAUACUGAGGAGGACAGCUCUAAGUACAAAUCUAAAAUCUCUAUGAAGACAAAUAGAGAGAGUGAAGGUUUUAGAGAAGAUAAAAAUUAUAAACUUAAAGAGACAACUAAUUAUGUAGUAGAGAGGCCUAGUUCACUAAAAGAUAAGCACAAGGAAGAAGAGAAAAUAUCCGAGAGAAUGAUGAAAAAAGAAACCCAGUCACCUGAGCAGGUAAAGUCUGAGAAGCUCAAAGAACUCUUUGAUUAUAGUCCCCCUCUGCACAAGAAUUUGGAUGCAAGAGAAAAAUCUACGUUCAGGGAGGAGAGCCCACUUAGGAUCAAAAUGAUAGCCAGUGACUCCCAUCGACCUGAAGUGAAACUUAAAAUGGCCCCAGUGCCACUUGAUGAUUCAAACAGACCUGCAUCGUUGACUAAAGACAGGCUGCUUGCUAGUACACUUGUCCAUUCGGUCAAGAAGGAGCAAGAGUUCCGAUCCAUCUUUGACCACAUUAAGCUACCACAAGCCAGCAAAAGCACAUCAGAGUCAUUUAUUCAGCACAUUGUGUCCUUAGUCCAUCAUGUCAAAGAACAAUAUUUCAAGUCGGCUGGCAUGACCCUAGUUUGGUUCACUGCUUAUCAGAAGGCUACUGAAGAACAUAGCACCCGGCAAAAGAGUCCAGAAAUUCACAGGAGGAUUGACAUCUCUCCAAGUGCCCUGAGGAAACACACCCGUUUAGCGGGAGAAGAGAGAGCCUUUAAAGAAGAAAGUCAGAAAGGAGAUAAAAAAUUAAAGUGUGACGCCGCUGACCUUCGACAUGACAUCGACCGUCGCAGAAAAGAACGAAGUAAAGAACGAGGAGACUCUAAAGGUUCCAGGGAAUCCAGUGGAUCAAGAAAGCAGGAGAAAAUUCCAAAAGAUUACAAGGAGUAUAAACCUUACAAAGAAGACAGUAAACAAAAAAGAGAGCAAGACCGUUCUCGAUCUUCCUCAACUUCCUCCCCAUCUUCCUCUUCAUCCAGUUCCCGAGAAGAAAAAGAAUGCAAGAAAGAAAGAGAUGAAGAGUUUAAACCUCAUCAUGAACAAAAAGAAUACUCUGGUUUUACAGGAGUUGGAAGACCUAGAGGCACAUUUUUUCGAAUUAGGGGCAGAGGAAGAGCCAGAGGCGUGUUUGCUGGAAUAAAUACUGGUCCCAGUAACUCAAAUACUGCUUUUCAAAAGAGACCGAAGGAGGAGGAAUGGGAUCCUGAAUAUACCCCUAAAAGCAAGAAAUACUUCUUGCAUGAUGAUAGAGAUGAUGGUGUGGAUUACUGGGCCAAAAGAGGAAGAGGUCGGGGCACUUUCCAGCGUGGCAGAGGAAGAUUUAACUUCAAAAAAUCAGGUAGCAGUCCAAAGUGGACUCAUGACAAAUACCAAGGGGAUGGGCUUGUGGAAGAAGAAGAAGAAACAGUGGAAAAUGAAGACAAAGAGAGACGCAAAGAAGAAAAGGAAUAACUCUGAAGACCCGAUCCAACUGAAAGUUUAUGCACCAUCCACACAGCAAUUUUUAAUAUGACUAUUUGUCGUCAAAUGAAUACCACGAUGGGAGUUCUCUUCUGAACAGAUCUAGAUCUGACAAGUAGAGCUGUAGCUUAACAGGUGCUACGUUUCUCCGUCCACAUACCCUUACUGCUAAUGGGGAAAUGCCUCAACUAUUUGUGCAACAGCACUAAACGUAGCUUGACCUUCUGCACACUCUUUUCUAAAAGAAGAUUUGUCCUACAUUCCAAAUGCACGUCCCUUUAGGCGUACGACAGAAAGAGGUAAAUUGUAGUGAAAAAGCUACCUUUAACAUAAGCAUGUUCAGUAUGUUGUUUCAGAAUUUACAUGCAUAAUAAAUAUAGUCUCUGUAAAACACUAGAUAUCCAUUUAUAACAUUUAAGCAGAGUGCAUAAUGAUCGUGAAACAGCAUUAUUACUGCAGGAACAUUAGAGGAAGACUCAUUUGGCUUCUGGUGAAAGUGUCGGCCAGGAAGUACAUGGCGAGAUUGAUCCAGCUACUAUAUGUGUAUAAGUCUUUUCCCCAGAUUGUAAAAUAGUCUCUUUGUUUUUCUGUGGGUUUUCUUUGGUAAACAACCUGACAAAAAAUGGGAUAUCUCCGUCAUGUUUUCAGUCUGCAGUGGAAUAAAGAUGUGAAAAUUCUCAAAUGA